AGUUUCAACUUUUUGCCCGACUGGAGGAUGUGCCUGCCUACCAUUAAAGCAUUCAAGACAAUUCUGGACGCCGGGAGCCACCGAGCAACUCAACUGGUGCCGUUGAAGAAGCUGAAGGCCGAGUUUCAGCUGAAAAGUGAUAUUUAUGUCAAACUCGAAUAUCUCAACAUCUCCGGGUCGCUGGAAGAUCGUGCGGCUCACCGAGCAUUUGAGAUGUCCAACGGAAUCCAACGAGGCGACGAGGUCUACGUGACCGCCGGCGGAUCAUCUGCAGUCUCCUAUGCCACCGUGGCAGCCGUCAAGGGGGUCAGACUAACCGCCCACGCACCUCCCGGAGCAUUCGACCAGGUCAGGACGAUUCUGAGCACUUUGGGAACCAAGAUCGUGGAGCUCCCGGUUUCAAACUUCCGAGAAGCUCGGCUCCAGGCUGAUCUACUGGCCAAGCGUCGAGGUGUCUACAAUCUUGAUGGGAUCUGCGAGAAAGCCGCGUUUCUGGCGAAUCUUGAAGGAACUGCACCGGAGAUUGAGAAGGCUGGGAAGACCAGUGCAGUUGUGGUACCCCUGGAUGCUGGUGGAGCUUCAGCGGCAGCAGGGAUCGCUGCUUACUUCUUAAAGGAUCAGAAGACAACAGUGGUCGGAGUGAGAUCUUCAGCUUCAGCUUCAGCUUCAGCUCCAGCUCCAGAAACAGAAGUUCUUCUGCAGAAGUACAAGGUGGAAAUCCGAGAUGCUCCUGAAUCCUACACCUUCACCAGACACCUCAUCGAGACGGAAGGGAUCAUGGCUGGACCAUCUUCCGGAGCGGCAGUGCUGGAAGCCAUCAAACUCGCCAAGGAUCUUCCAGCCGGGUCAGUGGUCGUGGUGGUUCUGAUGGAUGGAAUCAGGGACUAUCUAGAUGCUGAUUGGAUGAAGGUGAACGGCAAGAAGCCUAUCAAGCCUCGUGAGAUCUUCGACCCGAAGGUGCUGGACUACGAUCCGACGAAGAUGGUCGGGGAGUGGAAGAGUUCCAGCAAGUUCAGGCCGGAAAGACCACUGGUUCUCGACUCAGUCCUCGAUGCGAUCGGCAAGACGCCACUGGUGAAGCUUCAGCACGUUCCGAAGGCUCAUGGAGUCAGGUGCAAUGUUUAUGUCAAAUGCGAGUUCCUCAACGCGGGCGGCUCCACCAAAGAUCGAAUCGCUAAGAAAAUGGUCGAAAUUGCUGAGAAAACCGGCAAACCCGGAGCACUCACCCCCGGAGCCACCACCCUCAUCGAGCCCACCUCUGGCAACACCGGGAUCGGCCUAUCCCUGGUCGCGGCGGUCCGUGGCUACAAAUGCCUGAUCACGAUGCCUGAGAAGAUGUCCAAGGAGAAGUCGACGACGCUGUCGGUGCUAGGAUCCACGAUUGUCCGGACUCCCAACGAGGCGGCCUUCAACAGCCCGAGCUCUCACAUCGGAGUGGCUCUUCGCUUGAAGCAUGAGAUUCCGGGUGCGGUGAUUCUCGAUCAGUACUGUAAUCCGGGGAAUCCACUGGCACACUAUGAGGAGACUGCGGAGGAGAUUUUGUGGGAUAUGGGGGAUCGGAAGAUUGAUCUAGUGGUCCUUGGCGCAGGAACCGGUGGUACCAUCACCGGAAUCUCUCGGAAGAUCCACGAGCGCCGUCCCAACGCGAUCGUCGUCGGCGUUGACCCGAAUGGAUCAAUCCUGACCGGCCCGACGACUGGACCCGCUCCAGAUUUCUACGAGGUUGAAGGGAUCGGCUACGACUUCAUCCCGGGGACCCUGGACGAAAAAUCAGUAGAUUCCUGGCUAAAAUCUGAUGAUAAGGAGUCAUUCCUGAUGGCUCGAGAGAUCAUCAGAACCGAGGGGAUCUUGUGUGGAGGAUCGUCGGGAUGCGCGGUGCAUUACGCGUUGGAGCAGUGCCGGAAGCUGGAUCUGCCGGAGGAUGCGAAUGUCGUUGUGCUGCUUCCAGACGGGAUUCGGAAUUAUCUCACCAAAUUCCUCGACGACGACUGGAUGAAAGCCCGCGGCUUCUUGUAAAUUGUGACCUAAAAAAAUACUUGAAAUUGGAAUUAUGAACUGAAUUUUUGACAUGAAUGAAGAUUUUU